CCUGUGGUGUGUGGUGUGGGGGGGAAGGCCUGGGGCAGCAAGCGCAGGACAGCCAUACAGACAGGCCGGACGGGGUACCAGCGCCUCAACUUCUCUCCCUGGGACACUGUCCAAACUCCGAGGGCCAUAGGCCAAGCUGAGCGAUGGGUGCUGAGGAGGUGCUGGUCACAUUGUCAGGGGGAGCCCCCUGGGGCUUCCGACUUCAGGGGGGGGCCGAGCAGAGGAAACCUUUACAGGUGUCCAAGAUCCGAAGACGGAGCCAGGCUGGCAGAGCAGGACUCCGAGAGAGGGACCAGCUUUUGGCCAUCAAUGGGGUCUCCUGUACCAGCCUCUCUCAUGCCAGUGCCAUGAGCCUCAUUGAUGCCUCAGGGAAUGAGCUUGUCCUCACUGUGCGGCGGGUAGAGGAUGAGGGACCUCUGCGGUCUCUAUCCCCUGGUGAGCUUCAAGUGUUGUCACCCUUAUCUCCACUGAGUCCUGAGCCCCCUGGCGCUCCAGUUCCCCAGCCUCUUCAACCUGGGAGCCUCCUCUCACCCCCUGACAGUGAGGCUUACUACGGAGAGACAGACAGUGAUGCUGAUGGACCUGCCACCCAGGAGAAACCCCGCCGACCCCGCCGCAGAGGCCCCACCAGGCCCUCCCCUCCAGGAGCCCUACCUGAUGAGGUCUACCUAUCUGACAGCCCUGCAGAGCCAGCGCCUGCCGUAGCUGGCCCUCCUAGUCAGGGUGACAGCCGCGUGAGCUCCCCAUCUUGGGAAGAUGGGGCAACCCUUCAACCACCCCCAGCUGAGGCCCUGCUGUUGCCGCAUGGCCCCCUCAGGCCUGGCCCUCAUCUCAUCCCUAUGGUGGGGCCUGUUCCCCACCCAGUGGCGGAAGACCUCACUACCACCUACGCCCAGAAGGCCAAGCAAGCCAAACUGCAACGGGCAGAGAGCCUCCAAGAGAAGAGUGUGAAGGAGGCUAAGACCAAAUGCCGGACGAUCGCAUCCCUUCUAACUGCAGCCCCCAACCCCCACUCCAAGGGGGUGCUUAUGUUUAAGAAACGACGCCAGAGAGCCAAGAAGUACACCCUAGUGAGCUUUGGUGCUGCGGCGGGGACAGGUGCUGAGGAAGAAGACGGAGUCCCUCCAACGAGCGAGUCGGAGCUGGACGAAGAAGCCUUCUCCGACGCCCGCAGUCUCACCAACCAGUGCGACUGGGACAGCCCCUAUCUGGACAUGGAGCUGGCCAGGCCAGGCUCAGCCGCAGGAGAGAGCCAGGGCCGGGGGAUGGGAGGGCAGCUGAGUGAGGCCUCAGGCAGAGGGGCCCAGCUCUUUGAACAGCAGCGCCAGCGCACAGCCUCCAGCACCCAGGAGCUGGCACGGGAUGGUCCAGCAGCCAUGCUCAACGGGCAGGGCCUGCGAUCACCACCUCGGGCCCAGAGUGCUCCUCCGGAGGCGGCUAUACUCGCAUCCAGCCCUUCCCCUGCCCCUGUAGCCAGCCCCAGCCCCUUCCUCCCAGGCGGUGGAGCUCCAACCCCAGCUCCAAACAUCUUUAACCGGUCAGCCAGGCCUUUUACUCCAGGCUUCCAAGGGCAGCGGCCAGGUACCACCUCGGUUAUUUUUCGGCCCCUAGCCCCCAAGAGGGCGAAUGAAAAUCUGGGAGGUCUCACCCCCGUCGCACCGCCCUUCGUAUCCUCUCAGGGGCCCACCCCUCUUCCCAGCCACGUGCCAGCCUCCGGUUCCCCCAGCGCUCCACGUUCCACAGGCCCCGUGACAGCUACAAGUUCCCUGUACAUCCCAGCGCCCAAUCGUCCCGUAACCCCAGGCGGAGCCUCAGAACCCUCCGCUCCCCCUAGUGCUGCUGCCAUGACCUCCACAGCUUCUAUCUUCCUAUCGGGACCUCUGCGACCAGCGGCGCGCCCAGAGGCUCCCGCCCCAGGCUCCGGGGCGCCUGAGCCUCCCAGCGCUCGGGAGCAGCGCAUCUCCGUGCCAGCUGCUCGCACUGGCAUCCUCCAGGAGGCCCGGCGACGCGGGACCCGGAAGCAGAUGUUCCGGUCGGGAAAUGAGGAGACGAAGAACUCGCCCAACCCCGAGCUGUUAUCGUUGGUGCAGAACCUGGAUGAAAAACCCCGAGCCGGGGGAGCGGAAUCUGGUCCUGAGGAAGAUGCCCUGAGCCUCGGAGCUGAAGCCUGUAACUUCAUGCAGCCACCGGGGGGCAGGAGUUACAAGGCUCUGUCUCACGUGACACCUAAAACCCCGCCUCCAAUGGCUCCCAAGACUCCGCCCCUAAUGACUCCUAAGACUCCACCCCCCGUGGCUCCUAAGCCCCCAUCUCGUGGGUUCCUGGAUGGGCUAGUGAAUGGGUCAGCCCCUUCGGUUGGAAUCCCUGAGCCUGCAAGGCUUCAGGGCAGGGGUGGGGAGCUGUUUGCCAAGCGGCAGAGCCGAGCAGACAGGUACGUGGUGGAAGCUGCACCUAGUCCUGGCUUUGGCCCUGGCCCUAGACCCAGAAGUCCUUCCCCUACACCCUCAUUGCCCUCUUCCUGGAAAUAUUCACCCAACAUCCGUGCCCCACCUCCUAUUGCUUACAAUCCACUGCUCUCACCCUUUUUCCCCCAGGGUGCUCGAACUCUCCCUAAUAAGGCCCAAUCCCAGGGUCCUCGGGCAACCCCUAAGCAGGGUAUCAAGGCUCUGGAUUUCAUGCGGCACCAGCCCUACCAACUUAAAACUGCCAUGUUCUGUUUUGAUGAGGUUCCCCAGUCUCCUGGCCCCACUUCCCUGGGGCCCCCCAAAACUGCCCGAGUCCAGGAGAUCCGCCGAUUUUCCACUCCAGCACCCCAGCCCACUGCAGAACCCUUGGCCCCCACUGUUCUUGCCCCACGAGCAGCCACUACAUUGGAUGAGCCCAUCUGGAGGUCAGAGCUGGCCUCAACCCCUGUCCUUAGCCCAGGCCCUCCUCCAGAGUCUCCCAGGGGUCUUGGGACUUCCCCUAGCUCCUGUGGCUUCCAGGUAGCCAGGCCUCGGUUCUCAGCCACCAGAACUGGAUUGCAGGCUCAUGUGUGGAGGCCAGGGACAGGCCACCACUGAGCAGGGUACAGCUCCCAGGACCAAGGAGAGGUGGAACAUCCAGUUCCUAAAGUUGCUUCUCCAACCUAUCCCAUGCCCUCUCUCAGGCAUGUGGAGGCUAAAUUCCCUCCUGCCAGAGAUAGUUUUGGAGUUGGUGUCCCAUCCUCCUGGCUCCCAAUCUCCCUGCUGCUUUCCAACCUACUAUCUCUGCUUUGUUAUCUGGGCUUCUCUUGGUCUCUGUAGCUCCUUUUGUGGAUCUCUGUCUUUAUCUCGGUCUCUUGACCCACACUCCUCCACUGGUCUCUCUUUCUCUACAUUUGUGCUUUUCUGUGCGAGCCUCAUUUUAACACUCAAUAAGAAGCACAUAGAGAAGUUAUCAGUGAGACCUCAGGUAAGCUUACCAUCAUGCAGGCCUCAAAGGGACUGAAUUGAUCUCUGUACUAAAUCGCUUUCUAGUCCUAACUCUCAUUUUCCAAGCUUGACUGGCAUAUAUCUAGGCAUGUAUGUGUAGGUUUGUGUAUGUGCAAGUGUGUGUGAGCACGGAUGUGUUCUUAUGUGUUCUUAUGAGGCAAGAGUAAGAGGAGAGGUCUAAAUAGAGACCAAAUCUGGGUCUUCUCCUUGUAUUGAUGAAAGAAGAGUCAGCCCCUCAUGGAUAGUGGGGAGAAAAAUGGACUGGACUCAAAGAUCGGUGUCUACAGCAGGGGUACAGCAUCUUGUGAAACUCACAGAUUAUGAGAAGACUUGAAGGGCCUGAGCAGUUUGUAAGGGCUGAGUUAUACCAGGUAGACCAGGAAUAGAAUUAAGAAUUCUAUUCAUCAGGGAGUGCCUGGCUGCCUCAGUUGGAGGAGCAAGCGACUCUUGAUCUCAGGGUCAUGAGUUCAAGCCCCACAUUAGAUGUAGAGAUUACUUAAAUAAAUAAAUAAACUUGAAAAAAAUGAAUUCUAUUUGUCAGGAUUUCAGAGCAACUUAAGAGGCCCCUGCUAAGCUAUAAGCAUCUAGGAAGUGAAAAAGAAAGACAGAAUUUCCUCUGAAAAUGAAAAAGUCAUUGGGUUUAUUGCCUCAUGCACCUAAGAAAGGAUGGAGAAAAGAGCCAUGGUGUGAGAAGUGAGGCAGAAACCAGGAGCAGAGUGGAAUGAUUGAGCCACAGGGAGGAGCAUGGGGAGGGGGAGCGAGACAGUAGAGUUGGGUUUUAGGAAACUCACUGUGUACAAGAGGGGGAUUGGAGAAAAAUUUGAGAGAAGAAUGCUUUUGUCAGAGUGAAGAUGGAUGAUGGAAGGGGGAUGUGAGAGUGUGUACUGAGUGUUGGAGGAAUACGUGAUGUCUGUGCUAUUUCCUUUGAGUCUGGCUUUCUGCCUUCUACAGCUUGUCAUGAUGACCUGGGGAAGGGCAAGGAAAUACCCAGAGCCAAAACCUCUUUUCAAUCCUGUCCCAUACUCCGAACCCUAGUUUUUGUUCCUUUCCAGCUUCUGGUCCUGAUCUCUGACCCUAGAUGGGUAUGGACUUCCCUUUCACCAUGACCACCACCAGUCAGUCACAUUUGCUGCUUGAACUGGAUUGAUCGUUUCCUUUGCAUAUUGGGUGUGUCACAGUACUUUGGUUUGUGCACAAGAAUAAACUUAAGCUCCAAAUCUUU